GACACGGUUCAUUACAACCUGAAAAAAAAUAUGGAAGCCUAUCUAUGGAUUGUAUCUUUUAUGAUUUUUCCACACUUAAAUCUGGGAUUGUUGUCUGACCACAAGAUCUGUGGAGAUCCAGAAUGUGAAAGUGCAAUGAGCAGAGUGCAGGCGACAAAGAACCACCAAGGAAAGGAUUGCAGAUUCCUGAGCUUCAGACGAGGAGACACAAUUUUUGUUUACCACAAACUUACGGGGAAAAGGGAAGACCUCUGGGCAGGCAGUAUUGACAAGCAAUUUGGCUACUUCCCAAAGGAUGCAGUGCAGGAGGAAGAAGUUUUUGCAACAACAAGGAAAGUGUUAAAGACCCAGAAAUCUGAUUUCUUCUGUAUGGAUGCGUCUGGAUAUCCUGUUGACACGACUCACCUGGACUCUGAUGAGGAUGAUAAUCAUGACAUCCAAAUGCAGGAACCAGAAUCCAUCCAAAUCAGCCCGCACUCUCUUGACACAAAAGCUCAAGGUUCUUUGACGUCUACCGAAUCUAUGGUAAAAGAAAGGGAAGCUGAAGAUGGAAACAAAGAUCGGAUCGAUGGAGCGGAACUUCUUAAGGAUGGACUCAAGGCUUCAGCAACUCCAGAAGAACAAGGUGGGUCUCCCUCCUCCUGGAUGCAUUCCUCUGUGACAGGAUGGUUAGGUUUUGGUAAAGAAGAGCAGUCGGGUGAUUCGGAACAACGAAUGAGGGAAGAUGAAAAGGAGGAGCCUAAAUCAGAAGCUUCACUCGCAUCCUCUGUGACGGACUGGCUGGGUUUUGGAGGAGAAGGAGAAAAAGACAAUGAUGAAGAUACUAUAAAAAUGAGGGAAGAAUCCUUUACCUCAACGAUGACAGGGUGGCUUGGCUUUGGUGAGAAGAAAACUGUCACUGUUGAUAAAGAGGAAGAUGAAGAAACGGGUAAUGAGAAAGAGCCCACAGAGAAGUUUAGGAGUAGGAGGAUGUCUUUGGACCUGGAGGGCAGCAAACUACAGGAAGAGGAGAAGGAAGACACGGGAACAUUGGGUUGGCUGGGCAGUGGGUUGUCGAGCAGGCUGGGGUUUGGCUCAAGCGCUCAGGAUUCAGGAAACGGUGAGGGAGUGAAGGAACAGCCGGCAUCCAGUUCUUGGAUAGGGAUGACAAUUAGUAGGGGUUUGGGCUUCAGGGAUAGUGAUACUGAACCUGAAGAAAAUAAGGAAAGUGGUAUCAGCGAGACAGAAAAGGACCUAACGUUAGAACAACCGGCUGGAUCAGAAAACAUGCACAUCAGUCAAUCACAAGCUUCAUUUUCAGAAGCUUCAUUUUCAGAAGAAAUAAAGGCUGAGCAUGAAAAAGAAUCCCAAAUGAACGAACUUGUAAAUGUCUCAUCUUUACCACCAGCCAGUGCUGGAAGUGGGGAUGCUGUUGAUGAUAAUGUGGAUAAUUCAGACACAAAGGAAGCAAAUGUUUUAGAUAUUGAUGCUGGGAUGGAGGUUUUCAACAAAGAUGUUCAAAACUUUUCCCAAAUAGAUGAUGGGAAAGAAGGCAGGCCAAUUGAAAAUAUCUGUGAAAAUGAGACCGAGGGUCAACAAAUCAGCCAAAAUGAUGAGGUAAUUGAACAACCCAAAGUCAAUUUGGGCACCGACCGAAAUUUAAAGGAAUCAGAUUCAAACUCCAUUGAGCAACUUGAACAUAGAGUGGAGGAAGGUGGACACCAUGAUAUUCAAAUCCAGGCUUCAAGAAGGUUGAAAGAGGAAGGGGCUGAAAUAACAAACCAGGUACAUCAGUUGGAAGAAUCCCCUCUAAUGUCGGAAAACAGUCCAGUUAGUGGUGAUGAUCAUAAAGAUGAGCAGUUCAACAAAGCGACAGGUUCAUCUGAACAGAAAAUAUUAGAAGAAGAAUCACCUGAGAAGACUCAAGUCAGUGGUGAUCACGAGGAAAGCAAUGAGCAGAGUCAGGUUGUCGUUUCAUCCACUGAGACAGAGGUCCGUCAGGGUGAGUUAGGACCGCAGCAGGAAGUGCAACCUGUGGAAGUCAGCUCUCAGGAUGAUGGAUCAUCCUUUUCUGGAAAUGCUGAAAGUCUGUAUCACAAUGUCUCAGAGGACAAUGGAGGACAAACCUCGUCGGAUGAAACUACACCGAACAUUAAUACAACCCCAGGGUCUCCACAAAUGGAAAGAGAUGCUGACAUCUUUAAGGAAACUGUGAAAGAUCAGAAUGAGCUAACUGAGAGGGAAACGUUGUAUGAUGAAAGUAAACUAAAACCAAUAGUAGGGUCUGAAAGUCAAACUGAAGCAACAGAGGGGUUAGUGGAAGAGGAAAAGGCAAAAACGAAUAAACAGGAAGAAGCAAAUCAGAUAAAAGAACAGAUUGAGGAAGUAAAGCAAGAGCGACAGACGUUGGAAGAUAUGAAUAAAAAUGAAAUAAAGAACGAAGAGAUCGUAAAUAUUUCACGGGAGGGGAGGGGGUUAACUGAAGAAAGGCCGAAUGAGGUGGAGGAGCUAAAGGAGGGAGAGAAAUCGGAAAUAGUAUCUCUAGAUGCUGAGGAAGCUAGAGUGGAAAGGUUAAAGGAACCAGAGGAGCCAAAUGAAAAAGAGCAGGAGAAGCAGGAAAAGAUGGCAGACGUUUCAGGGGAGAGCUCAAGUGAUGAAAGUCAGAAAGACUUGAAGACAUUAAAUGUGGAAGAGAAACAAGUAGAGGAGUUACUAGAGCGUGGAAACCAGACCGGGAUGAAAGACCUAAAGGAAUCUGAGGAGCAAAACAAAAAGGAGGAGAAGGCAGAAUUUUCUGUAGAGGCGGAGGGAGAGAAUGUAGUGGUCAAUCAAAAAGGGGAAGAGAACCAGAUAACCAAAUUACCAGAGCGUGAGCAGGCCACAUUGGAAAGGUCAGAGAAAGCUAAUAUGGCAAACGAAAAAAAGGAGGCAGAGGAGAAGAAAGUCAACGUUUUUGGGGAGAGCAACAGAGACGAAGGAAAAGAGUUGAUAGAAAAAAUGCAGAAAGAGGACAAUGAGCCAAGGGAGAAAGAGAAAAGCGUAAAAGAGUUGGUGGGGGAUGGAAAUCAGGUCAGAGUGGAAGACGUAAAGAAAGAUGAAAAACAGGUUCAAGUGGAACAGUUAGAAUAUCAGAAGAUGGACAUAUGGAGGCCAGAGGUAGAUCACUUUGAGAGAGAGAUGCUGGAGAACUCCACCUUGGCCUCUUUGGUCUCUGAAACCAACGCACAGGCUGAAGUCCAAAAGGAGGAGGACGAGGAGAAGGAGAAGGAGAAGAAAGUAGAGAUAGAGAACAAAGAGGAGCUUGAAAAAAAGAAACAGCAUCCGAUGAAGGAAGUAGAGGAUGGUAAUGUUGAUGUAGGUGGGUCUGAGGAUGAAGGAUUGACCCUAAAGCUAAGUGAUGAUGGCAUCUGGAAGGAAGACAGACAAGAUAGGGGUUUUGAAAAAGAAAUCAGGGAAAGCGAUGCAACAAAAACUGGAAACGGAUUUCAGAGAGACUCUGCUGAAAGUCAAGUUCAGACGUCUGAUCAAACUGAUUCCACACAUCCACCUCCAGGAACAGAGGGCGAAAGCGGAGGAGCUUUUGGUCUUUUCAAGAAUGCCUUUGGAUUUUUCUCCCAAACGCCCGCCCCUGUGAUGACCGAGUCCACACAGGCCGCUCAGAGUUUCAACCCAGAUUCAGCUGAGGCACCUCAGCCUCAUGCCUCUUUCACUCCAGAACCAGACUCCUCCACAGAUUUACUUCACCUUCCCACAGAGCAGCCGGAUCUCCAUCCUGUUUCUGCCGAAAACCUCCUCCACGACGUUCCUUCGGUCACAGAGGCACCUUCCAAAACACAACCCCUCACCAAGCUUUCUAAAAACCUCCACCUCCACAUGAACGCAGACGAGGAGGUCAUUUUACUGGACCUCUUUGGCCGACACAAGCUGCAGUUUUUAGAUUACAUUUUGACAAGUUCAGAGGCCUCUAACGUAGAUGAUCGGUCGAUACUGUCGGAUGUAGAAAGGCUUCUGCAGCACCACAUGGAGACGCUGGUUGCUCCCAGUAUGAGGACCAGUGAUGCGCCUAAGGAGGACAAACAAAGGACCAAAACAAUUAUUGCUCUUCAGAAGCUGGAAACGUUAUUGAAAACAGUGAAGGAGGCUGUCAGCACAGGAAUAUCAGAUGUCAGUAAUCAUCAAGCUGGGCACAGUUCAAGCCGAACCGAAGAAAAACAAGAUAUUUACCAGCCUCCGUCUUCACGCGAAGAGGAUGGGGGCGAAAUCAAACACCAGAAAUAUUUGGAAGAGGAAAAAAGAGAUAAAGGAAGCAAGGAAACGACAUCAUCCCUCUAUCACACUCAGCCAGGAUCACAACACAAAGGGUUAGUCAACCAAAGUCUGGAAGUCAUUCAUGGAGCAGCUGAAGACUUCUCUAGUUAUGCUCAUGCAGUGAUGGAGAUGCUUGUGUGGAUUAUUGUGCAGGCCGUAUCAUUGCUGCCUGAGGACUUGAGGCCAGGGCCAGACCUCUACGGUGUACCAUGGGAGCCCGUAAUCUUCACUGGCCUGGUGGGGCUGGUGACAUUCAUGUUGUUCACCAGUAGAUGUUAUAGAUCUAUGAAGAGCAGACUAUAUCGAAGAAAAGAACAGAGGUUGGCUGAUCAGGUUGGACAGGUGCUGGAUGAAAAAUGUAAAGUCCUCGAGACUCUCAGUCAGUGUCAACAAGAGUAUGACGACCUGGAGAAUUUACUCAGGGACAGCGGCGUCCUGGCCCAGACCCAAAAAUCAGAACAUUUGGAGGUCCAAGCCAAACAGUUGGAAGAGAGUAAAAAGCAGCUUGGGACAGAACUUGAACAUCUGAAGGAACAGCUGGCCCAGCAGCGAGAACAUAGAAAGGAGCAAGAAAGGAGGAUAACUCUUCUCGAGGAAAGCAUGAACUCAUGUGAAGAAGAAACCAAAGAGCUCAAUUCAAAGGAGGAGCAGGCACGAACAUCACUGAAGAUAUACAGCAUGAGCAGCGAGAGACUGCAGAGGAACCUGGACACAGCAGUAGAGGAGAACAAUGUUCUACAAGAGAGCAACACUCAGUUGAAGCAGGAGGUGGAGGGAUGGGCAGAAAGAGUGAGCGAGCUGGAGGCAGAGAUGCGGAGGUGCGAGGUCGCCCACGGCGCCAUGAUGCAGGACGUUGCCGUCAAAGACGAGCGUAUAACGUCCUUGACGGAUCGGCUGCUUCGCAUGAAAUGCUGGGAUUCAGAUCUUGAGGAUGAGGAGGGAGGAGAAAAGGAGGCAACCAAUGGGACACCGGGAAAAGAAGAGGACACACAUCUGCAGAAAGUCCAGAAACUCAUUCUUGCUGCUAAGCUGAAUGCAGAUCUCAAAUCGGUGGAUGAAGAUAAGGACAGAGUGUUUGCAAAGCUGAAUGAUGAGAUCAAAGCAAAAGAAGACCUACAAGUGAGCGUUGAGGAGAUGGAGAAAGAGAAGUUAUCCCUACAAUCUGACACUGAGAAUUACACGGAUCAGGUCGACCGGCUACAACAGAAACUGCAAAUCAUGACGGAAAUGUACCAGGAGAACGAGCUCAAGCUUCACAGAAAGCUGACCGUGGAGGAGAAGGAGCGUCACCAGAAGGAGGAGAAGUUGAGUAAAGCUGAUAAAAACAUCGCCAUGGCGAUUGAAGAACUGAAUAACUACAGGAAACGAGCAGAAGAGAUGGAAGAAGAGCUGGAGAAAACAAAACAGUCGUAUCACACUCAGAUUUCAGCCCAUGAGAAGAAAGCUCAUAAUAACUGGUUGGCAGCAAGGUCAGCAGAGAGAGAGCUGGGAGACAUCAGACGAGAGAACGCCCUCCUCAGGCAAAAGCUCACAGAUACUCAGUUUAAACUGGACUCCCUCGAUAAAGAUCCGUACGCCUUGAACAACCUGGCUCGACCGCUGCCUUUCCGAGCUGAAAGGUCACCGUACGCUCCUUCUCCUCUGGGUCGACCCGCUUCUGAAACCAGACCUUUCCUCUCUCCUCCAACAUUAAUGGAUGGGCUGCCUGGUAGACUCUCUCCCAGAGUAUCUCGUGGUCCAGGGGAGCCUCCGGGUGGCCAAGCAGAGAUGGAGCGCAGUGGAGGACCUCAUUCAGACAGCGGUUCAAUCUCUCCUACAUGGGAGAGAGAUCGCAGGGGUCCCCCGCCAGGACCCCCUGGGCCUCUAGGACCCCCAGGCUACAUCUUUCCAGAACCAAGAGGUCCAAUGUUCAGAAGACCACCACCCCCUCCAGGGGUUUUGGGAGGUUUGCCUCCUCCUGGGGCCCUCCCACCUGGCGCGAUGCCACCUAGAGGUUUCCCCCUGGGACCUCCUCACCCUCUAGACAUGGCAGACGGCUCGUUCAGAGAAAACCGUGUUGGACCUGGAGAACAGGACCACAGAGAGUUUGGUCCUGGUGGUCAGAGGACUCCCCCUGAACUGGAUCCAAGGAUGGGUGGCCCUCCUCCACCUGGACCCCCAGGGAUUCCUAUAGAUGGCCCCUAUCCACGUAGAGGCCCUUAUGGACCCCCUCCCCCUCCUGAUUUCUACCCGCCCAGGAUACCCGGGGGUCCUCCCAUGAGGCCCAUGUGGCCUCCCCCUCCUCAAGGAAUGAUGCCUCCUCCUCGCUUCCCUUCUGGUGGACCUCUUCCUCCCGCCCCGAAUCCAAACGUCCGCUACGGGCCCCCCUUUGGGUUGCCUCCUUCCGAUGGGCUCCCUCCUCCUCCUUCCAUGGGGCCUCCACCUCCUCGUCAGCAGUCUCUACCUUCACCACCUCACAGCCAGUCGCCAGAGGAGAACAGACCGUCGCCUGAAGAUGCCAUCUGACCACGACAGCCUCCGCUAGGAUGCGUUUCUGGUUCGGCUCAGUAGCAAAUGGAAGAACGGUGGAGUUCCCUCUAUUCUGCACCAUCUAUUUAUUGACCAGGAGGGAUGUUUAAUGAAUGGUGUUUGUAGAGGAGAAACAUCUAUCUCCACAAGGCUGAUCUUUUUCCUGUAGGACUGCCACAGCUCUGUCUCUCGUACAAGUACAACCUUAUUUUUUUUUUUCUCCACCUGCUCAUCCAGCCACAGGUUCAUUUAAAACCAACAGCUUAGUUGAUGCCUAAUGUCUACCUGCGUGGGUUAAAGCUGUCCUAUAAGCCAGAAACAUUGUUCUUAUGUUGAACUGCAUAUUGACAGUUUGACAUUUGUCUUCAGUUCAGAUCAUUGACAAAGAAGGAAUAAUAUUACAGCUUAUUGUGACAGAACUGCGUCUUUUAUGCCUAAAAUAGUCACUUUUUCCACAUUAGUGUUUUUAAAAUUGGCUGUUUUAGCAUUUUUAUCACUGUUGGUAAGAUUUUCUUUAAAACAUUCAUAUCAACGCACCUGAUCUUUUUCCUCAGAGGUCAAAUGGGUGCGUUUUCUUAAAAUUUGAUCAACGUUCUCUGACUUCCCUUUGAAAUUGAGCAGACCUCUCAUUCAUCUUCUGACUUUGUUUCAAAUCAAGAGCGGUGGUAUGAUGGUGCUUCCGGCGCCAUUGCAGUCACUUACAAAUGAAAACUGUGACUCUAAUCAAGUCAAAUGGACUGACAGGAAAAGAGGGGGGGGCUCCCUCAUGGCUACAGAUGUCAGCUUUGUGAAUUUUGUAAAAAGUGAUGAAUAAAGACUUAAAGUUUGCUCUAAAUUUCACCUGAUGUAACUAUGUAAAGUUUUUGUGCUCAUCAGCAAAACAUUUCAAUGUAAUUUACUGUGUAUAUGAAAUGUUUUUAAUAUUUAAAAACCUUCAGUUGUUGGUAGACAGACCUUUUUAAACAUGUUCAUAAUAGUUUAUCGGCAGCUUUUAGAACAGUUUGCAUAAUACAACCCCAAUUUCAUAAAGGUAUGUGUGCUGUAAAUGAAUAGAGAUAAUAAAUAUUUCAGUGAAUAUAGGUCAAAGGCA